CCUACAGCCACUGUGAGCCGGUGCGCCAUCUCUCCGGGUCGCGUUCCCUCGCUGGGUCUCCAGGCACCGAGAGCCGCGUCUGAAUUCAAAACGCACGAGACUCGUCGUCGCGGGGCGCCGCACGUGCACGUUCUGCGGAAACCGGCAAAUACCCCGACCCCCCCCAAUUUAAAAAAAACAACCGCGUGCAUCAAAUAUAUCUAGUGCAGCCUUUAUCCUUCUUGGACCAGCUGAAGCUGCAGACACUUUGUAGCCUCGGAGCCACUGGGCGCGCGUGCUGUUCGCCAAACAUGAGGCGCAAAGAGAGAAGCACCCCGGCGGGAGGCAGGAGAUAGACGGAUAGGUUGGAUAGAAAGAAUUGAAGGGGACAGAAGGAGAAACAAAGUCGAAGCGUCGAGUUGUCGGAGGAUCCCGGAGCGGCGGCACAAACAAAUAGCUGACCUCGAGCCCCGUCGGACGGUGGCAAACUGUUUUUUUUUUAAAUGGAGAUGUCGAGAUUUCUCCUCCCGUCUCCUCCUCCAACGCACGCGCUGCCGAGGCUGCCGAUGAUGAUGUUUGCGUAGGAGUGAUUUAUUUUGCGAGGAGCGUCGGGUAAGCUGCAGUCUCUGCUGUUCAAAAAACUCCAGACAAGCGGUGGAUGGAACUGCGUGUGGCUCCCACAUCUUUUCCCCGGAGAUUGUUGUCGGAGCGUUUUUCUUGUCUCUGGGGUGUUUUUUAGUCUUUCUGCGAGUCUGGAAUGGGACAGAAAACGUUUUGCAUGCCAAGGAUGUGCCUGGAAAAGUAGUCUGGCAACAGAGAAUAAGAACAUUUUGCAACGGACGUAUAUUAUAUUUCGUCUUUUUAUUUGUAUUAACAACUCAAGAGGAUCAGGCCCAGUCUGGGUUAUUUGUACUUAAGUCAGCUCCAUCCCAAUUCGAUAGAUGGCACUUCAGUGUUUGGCUGAUUACUUUGCUGACAUUGGGGCUUUUUUGUGCUAUUGCCCUUAUUAUUAAGUGACUGAGGUUGACACAAAGUACAACCAGCAGAGCUCGAGGACCUGAGCUCCAAGGAGCCGCCACUACCCUAAAUGUGACCCGGUGAAUUCCUCUUAUCUCUGGAGAAUGUCGCUCAUCCCUCUGGAAUAGGUUCAGAAGGACUCCGGAGGCUCGUUGUGUUGCAAAGCCUUCGAUGGGUAAUGGUGUUGAUGGAGAGCUAUUCGAAUGACAGCCGGGACAGUGGUCAUCACUGGUGGAAUUCUAGCUACAGUUAUAUUACUCCUUAUCAUCGCAGUACUGUGCUACUGUAGGCUGCAGUAUUAUUGCUGCAAGAAGGAAGAGUCCGAGUCGGAGGAGGAGGAGCCAGACUUUGCCGUGACGUCCCGCCUGCCACCGGUCCACUCCAAUCACAACAUUGUGGCGGCGACAGCCGCCGCCUCCUCCAUCCCCAAUGGCCCCGCGCUAUUCUCCACCCCUCCGCUGGCCAGGAAACUGACACGCUCGCAGACCUUCUGUCCGUCCUGUACGCACUAUGAUCUGCCUUUCUACCUCCAGCCGCCCCCUCAGCCGCAGAUACACCACCAACCAGAUGGCUUGAGGAACGGAGGUGACCGGAUCAGCUACCGCAGCGUGCAGCAGCAGGAUCUGGACUUGCCGGUGCCUGUGAACAUUUCAAACUACCGUAAACCAAACCUUGGCCGGUCGGUCACCAUGAGGGACAUGUUCACCCGCAGCUGCAGCAUCAGCACUGAUGUUUAGCCUGGGCCAGUCUGGUGUAAAUUCAUGCUUAGAUGAACUGAGAUGGCUGCUUUUGAACUAGGUUUUUGUCUCACCCGUUUAGUCCAGUCUAGUGUGCUCUGAGCUGGCCGGUUUUCGCUCUACUGGUCACCUCUUGCAGAAUGAAGGAAUAAGAUGGCUCUCAGGACAGGAUUUACAGAUUCUACGCUCAGGUCCAGGACUUACACUUGGGCCACUAUAGAGUUUAAAGUAGUUCAAAAGUGUUAAGUCAAAAGUGUUGUUUAACAAUGACGUGAACUUCUUGAUUACAUGAUUAUUUUGUAUUGUUCAAUAGCUCUUUUGUAACACUAAGAAUGGAAUUUGCUUUACGCUUAUCUCUACUUCCUGUGGACUCUUGUUCCCGUGGCCUGAAAGAUACACAGAUUCCUGCCAUGUCGAAAUGACAUAAUCGGCAGGGAUUUUCUCUCUGCCAUAGCUGCUAAUAUGAUCACAGAAGUCCAGUGUUUCCCUCUCCUAUGAUGGGAUGAUCGGUCUGUUCCUCCAUCCACAGAUUAGAGUGAUUAGAAAAAGAAAAAAAAAUCACUACCACCAGUGCAGGAUAGCGAUGCCAUGUUUUAGCUGCCGCCCACUGGCAUUACAGAUCAACUUAGCUUAGGCCGUGACAUAUUAUGACAUAAAGGGCUCAAGGGAAGAUGGAAAAUCCCUGCUCGUUUUCCACGUCCUUUCACAGAGGUCCCCAGUUUGACGGGAGGCUGGUUUCUCUGAGCAUCUGUUGACCGAACGAAGUGUACGUACAGUAUCCACUUCAGCAGAGACAGGCCUGUGUGUUCCUGAAGGCAGCGGAUGAGGUGCCAACAGUGGAGUGUAGGGAGGGCGAGAGGGGGGGGUCUUGCAUUUGUGUGACUGUGCUUGCGUGUGUGUGUGUGCUUGCGUGUGUGUGUGUCUGUGUGUGUGUGUGUGUGUGCGUGUGUGUGUGUGUGUAACUCGAUGAGUUAUGCCAUGACUCUUAUUCCAUACAAUUAAACAGCCUGUCACCCCUAUACGUGUACUGAAACCAGUGGUGGGUGGCAAUAGCAUUUUGAACAUGUUGGGAAGGGAUUGUAUUUGUAGUCUGAGGAGUAACACAGUCAACCUCACAGUAAGGUAAUCAUUUUAAGUUCUUUACUGAAGUUUAAAAGUGUGGUCCCUUCACUGCAUUCAUCUGAUUUGUCGAUACAUGGGUUAAAGAAUAAUUCACCUUGAAGCGCACAUAUAUAAAUAUUUAACAGACCAUAGCAUACACUCCAGUCUCUCCCUCUCUGUCUCUCUGACCCGACUCGUUGGAUUGAGGAACAUUUCCUCUUCCUGCGAGGGUUUCACAGAGUUCCUUCUUGGGAUUGUUUUUGGUUUUCUGCACUGGACUAAACCGGCCCGACGGGGGCCCGAUGUGGUGACUGGAGGCGCAGUGGCGGAUUUCUUUGGACACAGGAUAAACAUUUCAUGAAUGAAAUUAAUCAAUGCUGGAUCUCAUGAAGAAAUGCUUGUGGUUGUGUGAGCAGCUUGAAGCUGAUUUGAUUCUCUUGUAUUGCCUCCUUCUUUCCCUCUCUUGCUCUAUCUCUACUUCUGUCUCUCUGGCUCAUUGAUAUUACAAAAGGGUGAAACAGAGGGAUUUUUUAAUUAGUUUUGUGACAUGUGCUUUACUGCAAAUACACUACGACAUGCACACACACACACACACAUUUAUGUUCCACUUAACACUCUAACUAUACCACCCUAACCUGAACCCUAACAACCUACCUUAAUCUUAACGUGACCUGUUGUCACCCUUACUAUCAACGUCCAGUCUUCAUCCUGUGAUGUAAUCAUUUACAUUAUGGGGAGGUGAAUUUUGUCCCCAAAGGAAAGGCGGGUCCCCACGAUGAGACUAAGAACAGAUUUAUGUAUCCACAACAUGAGUAACACUCACACUCUCACACACACAUAGUUUGCAAUGCUUUGCUUUUACCUUUAAACAGAUGUGAUAGUUGCACAGGAAAUUUUGUGCCAUAAAGAGUUCAGAGAGAAAUUUAUUAUUAUAGUUAUUGAUAUUAUUACAAGUGUAUAUUCAAUUGCAGUGUUGCUGUCCCUACAGUAUUUCAAUUACUUGCUUUAUUUUAUGAUCCAGCUGGUUUUUCAGACUAAGUACAGUACAGCAGAAAUGUUUCUGUCCUUGUUUCUAAUAUAUAACUAACACAUUGUUGCUAAUAAAAUGGUGUGAAAAUCC